AUGUCCUCAGGCUUUAAUCCAAUCAACCCCCCAAAUAACAUGUCCUCUGGUGGUGAUGGUGGUGAUGGCCGUCGUAAGCUAGACCGGAACCAAGGUGGAGGUGGCUACAAGGUAAGUUCAUUUGCGAGUUGGUUUGUUGCUUCGAAGCUGACAUGAUAAUAGCGCAAUAUCUCUCAAAUCUCGUCGGUAGGGAACUCUGAGAAUUCUGAUCGGCGAGAUCAGCGAGCGAUGUCCCUACAACAUCCUAACGAUUCUGAUGCUCCCCGUCAAUUCAUCGAGAGUCCAUCUCCUAUGCCUCUGGAGAGUGAUAUGAUGUCGAGAUACUCAGGACCUUCAGGUCAGCAGCUCCAGUCGCCUUCUCCACCGUACCGCCCGGCAGUCAAUCAUUCGAGGAUGACUUCUGAAAUGCCGAUUCAAAGCAGCCCAAUGCAAACAUCGAAGCAUGCCAUGCCCCAACCUCCUGCAGCUGGUUCUUGGAACCCUGCCUUUGGAAAUCCGAGACCUGGCUUCAAUCCAAAUUCUCCCUUCAUCAAUUCCUUCGCCCCAUCUUUAAACGCGGCUCCUCAAAUUCCCCCACAACAACAACAACAACAAGGUGGUGGCCUGCUUGUUCGAGGUUCUCCAACAUGGCAUUUGGCGGAUGGUCCAGGGCAAGCGAGGGAUGGUGCUAGACAGUUUCAAGUACCAAGUAGGCGUCCUGAGCACUUCUUUCUUGAGUCCGUCACCAAUACUUGGGUUUGUAAUGCUUUCUUUCGUCGUCUCCAGACAUUAGGUCAAGGAGAGCAACUUCGCCCACUUCUUGAGUGUGUGCUUCGAAAUUGGCAUCUAUUAAAGAAUGUAACUCCUAGAGUUAUUCCUGGUGCUCAGAAUAUCAUCCAUGGAACUGAGCCAACUGAUCACAACUUGAUAGCUCUGGCGAUGGAGCUCCUCGGGGUUCAUCAUGAAGAAGCUGAGUGCACCAAGAGACGUUGUUGCAAACCAAAAACUCCUUUCAGAGGUUGCAACUACGGGCUUCGAGAUGAUCUUGUCGGUACAAACCCUCCUCAUAAUUCAAAAUGCACUAAUUGUUUGUGGAGGAAUGCGGGCAGUGCGGAGUGUCGGCACACCCAAAGUCUUCCUGGUGAUGGCGAGACUGAGGAUGAAGAGGAAGUUUCGAAAUCAAGAACUUCUAGAAGGCGGGGUUCUGUUGUGGAAGGUUCAGGUGUUGAGCAAACAAGAACUAACACUCGUCCUCAACGUCCCAAUCGUCCUGUGCCUGGCCAAAUGGCUAACACUUAUACCCAUGUCUUCGAAAGCCCCUCUGGUCCUCAUUCGUCUCCUCCCCAAGCUCAUCCUCGAAGACGUCGUCAAAAGGGAAACUUGUUCCAAAGCGGGGUCCAUCGUCGUCUUCACUUUGGUGAUGAUGCUGAUCUUGGGAGUUCCAAAGGAAUCCAAGAACAAAUUCUCGAGUUGAAUGACGUGAUUGGGCAGCUCUCGGAGCGUCUGCUUAGAGCAGCUGCAGGUAAGGAAUUAGAGGAACUUGAUGCUUCUGAGGAUGAGACAGCGAUGAAGAAUGCUCGGGGGCAGCGGAGGAAGUAG